AGAAUUUCCGCAGCUGGAAUAUUUGAACUUGAACGUGCCGCUUGGCGCCAACAGCUGGUCCGAAUCAUCAUUCACCGUUGCCAAUGUGAAAGCCGCAAUCGAUCGUAAUCCAAAUAUCAAACACUUGAAUUUGCGCUAUUGGAAUGCAAGCGCCUACGAUGCAAAGCUGUUGAAAUAUGCGGCCGAUAAGCUACCGCAACUCAAGUCACUUCAACUUUGGCACAUGCGAUACACGGACUUCUGGAGUGAUGGUGACAUUCGGUUCCCAAGUGUGCAAAAGCUUGUGCUGGUAAAUCGUAUGCAAAAAUUGGGCUAUUUGGGUCGGAAUUUAGCGGCACUAUCAUUUGAAAACUUGCGCAAAUUUUCCAUUCUCGAUCAAUUCGAUACGGAAUGUACAACAUUCGUAGCCAGACACAAAACCAUCAAAGAGCUGUGCAUCGUUCCGAAUGGCGAACACGAAUGGUAUCCAUCGGACGAAGAUGUCUUCAGGAUUUUCACCGUGUUACCAAAUCUGGAACGACUCUUGGUCAACGGUCGUCGUAUGACGACAAAAGGAUUGAUUCGUCUCAUUUCCAAACGCAGCAAAUUGUCAGCGAUCAAAGUACACCAGUACACAUUUUCUGCUGUCGUUCGGAAGCUAUUCCGUUGGAAAUGCACACAGCUGGCAUGGAACGUAGUUUUUAGUACUGGAAGCGAAUCGGAAAUGACCGUGAAAAGACGAACCUAAUAAUCGCCGUAAAAAAUCAUUUUUAAUCAAAUGUUCGCAUUAAUUUCAUAUUAUUCUCAUCAUUUUACGCAAUUUUACGUUGUAGACUUGUAAUGUCAUCCCAAAUUUAUGCGCCGUACGCAUUCAAUAUUGUUUUAUAUGUUUACUUCUUUAUAAAAGAAAAUAAUUUGUAAUAAUAAGUAAUAUAGCAAAUCAGGCUCUGGCUUUCAAAUAUGACUCAAUUGCGUAAAAACUGUAUCGUUGGAAGCCGUGUCUUUCAAGUAUUAACGUUUUAACACAACAAAUUUCGAUAUUUAGACUCUUAGUUAAAAAAAAUUCUUAUCAUAAACUUUAUUGAAGAAUAUUAAAGAAAAAUAGAAAUUGAACAUGAA